AUCACUGCCUGGUGACAAUAUACGGCAUAUACUUGCCUGUCUAUACAAAGGACUUUAAAGCAUUGUGCUCAACGUGCAGUCAAAUAACCAGCAAUUUUAACAAGGGGUUAGAAAAAACAGCAAAGCAAAAUUUUGGUGGUGGAAACACAGCAUGGGAAGAAAGAAAACUUUCUAAAUAUGAAUCAAGUGAGAUUCGGCUGAUGGAGAUACUGGAGAGCUUGUGUGACAGCAGCAGUUUUGAGUGCAACCACAUGGUGGAAAAUCAUGAGGAGCACUUUGAGACCUGGUGGUUCAAGAGGAAAGCUAAACACCAGGAUCUUUUUAAGUGGUUUUGUAUUGAGACCAUCAAAGUGUGCUGUCCUAAAGGCUCAUUUGGUCCUGACUGCAAUUCUUGCAUUGGAGGAGCGGACAGACCUUGCCAUGGUAAUGGCAAAUGUGACGGAGAAGGAACGCGGGCUGGGAAUGGAAAAUGCAGUUGUGAUAAGGGAUAUGAAGGAGAGUUUUGCCUGGACUGCAGUGAUGGACAUUUUAGUGAACUGAAAAAUGAUACCUUCUCCCUUUGCAAAGAGUGUCAUGAGUCUUGUGUUGGCUGCACUGGAGGAACAAACCAGGAUUGUAAGGACUGUAGGAAGGGUUGGGAAGAAGACAAUGAAGGAGCAUGUGUUGAUGUGAAUGAGUGUGAGCAGUCGGAGGCAGUGUGUACUAAAGACCACCAGGAGUGUGUCAACACUGAAGGAAGCUUUGUGUGCCAAUGUGGUGCUGGUUUUCAAGAGCAGGAUGAUGCCUGUGUUAAACCGAGCGAACCAGAAGAGAAUGAAAAUGUGCCUGGAUUUUAUUCUGAAGCAAUGGUUGAAUCACUCGAAAAACAUGAGGACCUCUGACAUCACAUGGCUUGGAUGCAGAAAACGCCCACCAGGGCCAGUACCAACUUUUGGGACCACUAGUGUCUACAGCAAUUGAGACUGUCAGUUAUAUGUGAACAGGCAAGACUGAAAGGCUCUUGCAGUACAUACUUGAUGGACUGCAAUAUUUUAACUUGUGGAACAUGGACAGCAUUCUUUUGCAGUAGAAGGACAUUGUCCACUGCGCUUUCUCAGUGACCAAGGUUCAGUUAUCAUUUGUUGUGAUGUUGUAAUUUUUGAAAGUGAAAUAAAAUGAAAAACACACAAGAUACAUUCUUGGCCUCUAAUGUUCUCAUCUCGUAGUAACUGUUAUUGAGUCAUAGCAGUGUUUAAGUCUAGAAUAGGGGUCAUCCACAGAAUGUCAUUUAUAUGUUGCUAUUAUUGAAAAGGCUUAAAAUGCAACACAUGUAACAUAUUGGUAUUAAUGAGCUCUUUUAAUUAGUUAUUUUUCUCUAAUUGUUGUCAUCGAAUACUUUAAUCAGGUCACUGUCUGCAUGACCCAAGGAAUCUAAAUAGAGCAGUCACAGGACAAUAGGCCAAAUUAUAGAAACGUUAUAAGCCUUUUUACACAUUUCAUUAUAACUUUUGACCACAAGCUGGCACUGGCCCAAAACUGUAUAGGUAACCUUAGAGCAUGGUGCUGAUGAUGCAUACCAAAUUUCGUAACUGUACACCAAUGCCUUUAUAAAAUACAGCAUUUUAUGACAAAAUUUAAAAUGGCUGAUGCGCAAAAUGGGCUAAAUAGGAAAAUUGGUUAUAAUUCGACUCGUUAUGCUCCAGUAAAUCUAGAGACCAGCUUCAUAAUUUUAGGACAAACUAUUCAGAAGUCGUAAGCAAAAAUAGCCAUUUUUCAUAUCUCCUGCCCACUAGGUGGUGCUGAGCCGAACUUCUGCAUGCAUACUUGUGAUGACAUAUAGUAAGUUUUGUGUCAAUAAGCUAAUGUGUUGCGGAGUUUUGCGUCAGGUCCAUUUUGUUGUGCUCGCCGUCGAAUUCGCUGAAGAGUUAUUUGAGAAUGUUUUGGUCUAUAAAAAAACUUUUGAUAACCUUUUUACCCCAGUGUCCCUAGAUGGUCUACAAGACAAGUUUCAUGCAAAUCAAACAUAUGGUCUAGGAGGAGUAGGUAAAAGUAAGUUUUUCUGAAAAUUCAAAUUGGCAGAAAAUCUAGUCAGGCGCAUGGUGUGCACUUGACUCUGUAUGAGCCAAGGAAUCACAGGAAAAAAAAGGCAUUUUUAUUCUAGGCCUUAUUGUUCAAAAUUUACGAGCAUAAAUGUAUAUAUAAACAUAAAAAUGCAACUUUGACUUUAACUCCAACGCCCAAAUUUGGGUCAGAUAUAUUUGAGUGUCCUCCAAAUUUCAUAUCUCUAAAAAAUUUCUACAUUUAAAAGGUUGCUUAUGCUUCAAAUUAAUGUUUAACACUUAAAAUGUGUGAAAACAUGAAGUAGUGAUGCAUUUCGACUUGAAAUGCAUGGAUGCCUGUGAGAACAUUAGUGAAAAGUUAUGUGUCAUUGAAAACGAAGUUGAAAACGGACUCCACAGCUUUCUUUGCUUAAAAAGUUGCUUUUGAAAGCCGUUUCAUGAAGUUUGCACAGUUCUGGGUUGACAUUCAUAUUUCUUCAUUAACAAUACUAUGUAUUACAUUUUUAAUAAAAAUGUGCUUUUGGCCUUUAAGAGCUAUUUCAUGAACUUUGCACAAUUCUGUGUUGACAUCAUGAAAACAUGAUGUAAUUAUGCAUUUUUACUUGUAAUGCUUUUUUUUUUUUUUUUCAUUGGGGCCUAUGAGAGAUAUUAGUGAAAAGUAAUGUUUAAUUUAAAAAAAGAAGUGACUACUGAUUAGAAAUUAUUCAAAACAGCUUGCUAAGAUUACAAAUUUGCUUUUGGCCUUUAAGAGCUGUUUCAUGAAAUUUGCACAGUUCUGUGCUGACUUUCAGAUUUCUUGAAUAAAAUGACUGCUUAUCUAUUACAAUGCAUGCAAAUUUACUGCAAUGAUGCAUUUUUGACUUGUAAUGCUUUCUUUUGCAAUGCAUAGCUGCCUAUGAGUGAUAUUAGUGAAAAGUCAUGUUUCAUUCAAAAAGAAGUGAAUUCUGACGAGAAAUGACUCCAAACAGCUUUCUAAGAUUAAAAAAAAAUGCUUUUGACCUUUAAGCGCUGUUUCAUGAACUUUGCACAAUUCUGUGUUUAGAUCUUGAAUACAUGAUGUCAUGAUGCAUUUUUACUUGUAAUGCUUUCUUUUGCAAUUCACUGCUAGCUAUGAGAGAUAUUAUUGCAAAGUCAUGUUUCAUUAAAAAUAAUUGAAUACCGAUUAGAAAUGACUGCAAAAAGCUUUCUAAGAUUGAAAAUGUGAUUUUGGACUUUAAGAGCUGUAUCAUGACGUUUGCAAAGUUCUGUGCUGACUUUCAGAUUUCUUGAAUAAAAUGACUGCAUACCUCUUA